AAAAAAAGAACCUGCUUUUUAAUCUUCUCGCUCACUCUCUCACCGACCACUUUCUGUUUCUCUCUCACAACAACAGGCUUCUGUUUUAUAUAAAACAAAGCUUUUCUGGCCUUGUUCUUCUGCACACUUCGGAGUCUCUUCCAAAGUUCAAACCUGCUUUUGGUCGCAAGAAAAACGUUCGUGUAUUUUGUUUUUUUUCGAAGAAGACAGUGGAUUUCUUGGCAUUUGAUGCGUCUGAGUUCAGCUGGUUGAGUCGGACCCGACCUGCCCGAGUCUGUGUGAUGCGCUUGGGAUCGUGAAGUUAGAUAUAUUCAGAUAUUUCUUUUGAGAGGUACUGAAAUGGGUGAAGCAGAGACGGGUUCGGCGCUGAAGAAAACGCUCAAGUUUUUGUGUUGCAGUGAUGGAUGGUCUUAUGGGGUCUUCUGGCGCUUGGCUCAGCGUGAUUCUUUCAGAUUGUUGACUUUUGAAGAUGCCUAUUACCAAGAGCAAGAAGGGGCAAUGGUUGACAUGCUUCCCCAGGUCCACAUGAUGGGUGAAGGGGUAAUUGGCCAAGCCGCUUUCACUGGAAAGCAUAGAUGGAUGUUCGCAGAUGUUCUCGGUGAAGACUGGGAUUCCAUUGGUUCUUUUGAAAGUCAAGAUAUAUUCCAGGAUGGUUUUGAGUUUCGUUACCAAUUUUCCUCUGGAAUUAAGACAAUAGCGGUGAUUUCUGUGGCACCUCAAGGAGUGGUACUGUUUGGAUCCACCCAAAAGAUAUUGGAGAGAUCAGAAUUUUUGGAUCAAACAAAAAGAUUGUUUCAAGAGUUGACAAACGUUGAGGAGUCCAUCCCGUUGGAAAAGGCAUUAUCCUCUUUGAACAGUGACGCAUAUGUUCUAAAUGGGUUAUUUGAUUCCUCAAUUUCAUCUGGAAAUUCACGAAAUGGAGAUCUCAAUGCCAUAUGUUAUGACAGCCGUAAGGAGGUGCUGGGAGAAUCUUAUUCAGCAACAAUUCUGAAUGAGUCCUCGCAUACCAUGUUGGAGAUUCAUGAUGCAAGGAUGGCUCCCUUGCUCGGAGACUGGGAUCAUCCGGAUAAUAGAUUACUUACAGGUGGUACAGAAACUCAAAUCUUGCUAUCUGAUAAGCUUAGUACUCAGUUGCAGCAAGUGUUUGUACAGUCUACCUCGCCUACUAGUACAGGGAGUACUGAAGAUUUUAUGUUGACUUCAUUUGACCCGCUGUUAGCAUCUCAAUCAAGGGUCCAGGAUUCUUCAAAUCCGUUUACUUCGAAAGCAAGUAGUCUUGACUCUUGCAGAAAUACAGUAAUCAAUGUUCAGGGGGAUGAUUUGUCUCAGCAUUUCUGUCCAUCAACUCUUGUAAAAGAAGGCAAACUUCCAGAAACAGCAACUAGCAUGCAUAACUUUUCUGAGUUUAAGCCAGAUGAUUUUACUACGGAAGUCUCCAAACUGUGUCUGGUGGAUGAUCUGUCUCAGUGGUUUUCUCCCCCACCAGCACAUGGCUUCAAUAGGGUAGCAACUGCAUUGGGUAAUGACUGCUCACAACCAAUAGGAGUUACUUCAGCAUCAUCUUUUCUGGUUGGAGGCGAUGUCUUUAAUCGUUUUACAUCAAAAAGUCCUGGUAAUUCUGUUCAAAGUUCCAACCCUAAUACAUUCAACUCUGAUGGAAAAGAGGAUUCUGCAAUUAUGCAUGGUGCUGAAAAUUGUCUGUUUGACAAUUUGGGACUGGAUUUUGGCUAUGAUCAAUCUGGGGAAGAUCUCAUAAUGCCGGUAAUGAGUGCUGCCAAUGAUACUUGUCUGUCAGAAUGCGUCUCAGAGUUGGAUGUCAGUUCCGUGGCUGGCCCCAGGAAGGGGUUAUUCUCAGAGUUAGGCCUUCAAGAACUUCUGGAUGGCAUAAGUAAUUCUAAGUCUUUUGCCAAAUCUAGUUUUGAGGAAAAAAUACCCACCACCAAAAGAGCCAGGGUGGAUAGUUCAUCUGUGAAUAGCAAUCAAUUACAGUUGGCUAGUCUUGCUUGCUCUAAUGGGAGCAUGAACACAAUGCAACCUGGAUACAACCUGGAGAAGAAAAAUAAUGUACCCAAGAAAGAAGUUCUCUCAAAAUCACAGGUAGGUUUAUGGAUUGAUGAUAGCUAUAGCGUCAAUGUGGGGAACACUGGUCUAGCACGACCUCAGAAGCCUGAGGAACCUGCAAAGGCAACCAGAAAAAGGGCUAGGCCAGGGGAGAGUACGCGACCAAGGCCUAAAGACCGGCAGCAGAUCCAAGACCGUAUCAAAGAAUUGAGGGGGAUCAUCCCUCAUGGUGGAAAGUGCAGCAUUGAUUCUCUGUUGGAUCGGACCAUCAAAUACAUGCUUUUCUUGCAAGGCAUGACAAAAUAUGCAGACAGGCUUAAACAAUCUGAUGAGCCAAAGCUGAUAGGCCAAGAGAAUGGAGUGGUUCUUAGAGACAACAGCAUGGGUGGGGGAAGCGGUGGUUCUACAUGGGCAUUUGAAGUGGGAAGUCAAACGAUGGUUUGCCCCAUUAUAGUUGAGGACCACCCACCUGGCCAAAUGCUCAUAGAGAUGCUUUGUGAGGAACAGGGAUAUUUUCUUGAGAUAGCAGAUAUAAUCCGGGGCUUCCAGUUGAACAUCUUGAAAGGAGUAAUGGAAACUAGAGAUGAUAAAAUUUGGGCACGCUUCAUUGUUGAGGCAAGCAGUCACGUAACGAGGAUAGAUAUAUUUUUGUCACUUGUCCAGCUUCUAAAGCAAAUGACCACCUCUUCGAAGGAUACAGCAUAUGAAUCUAAUAACGCCAUUGAUGGUGUUGGGAUUUCUCUGUUGGACAGUAACCAGCAACAAAACUUGCUGCAUCCCAUAAGCUUGGCCGAGACACUUGGGUGCUGAUCAUGGAGCUUAUGCAUGAGAGUUUCAGAAGUACCUUGAGCAUCACGUGUUCAAAUGCCUGCGCCAUGAUGGGUGUUCUGAAAGUUAAAAGAGCCACACCUGAACAAGGAGAAGGAGUUGGCUCAUCCCAUUUCUGCUAUCUUUGAAAUGGGAAUGUAAUGUGCAUAGGGUUGAUAGACUAGCUAGGAUAUACCGUCUAAGAAAGAAAAAUGGGAAAAGUUCUUGUUGCUCCUCGGGGUAGUUUCCAAUUAGAGACAAAAUGAUGCCGCAGGCUUCUUGGUCAUAUAAUUGCCGGGUUUUAGGUACUUGGGUUUUCAAACUAAGACCUGAAGGAUGCUGCACCAUUUUUGUUCUGUCUUUUGCUUUGGGUUGCUCCUGCUGCCAUAUAACCUGUUUAUAGCGUGAAUCAAGCUGAUAGAUCAAUUAAUGAUAGGCUAACUUGUAUUUUUUUUCUACCCCUUUCUGUUGAGAUCUUGGAUCUUGAUCCCAUUAUGGUAAUUAGAAAGAAUUUCUUAUCUUUCAAAUGUUGGA